GUCGUGGUGUCCCCACAGAGGCGGCGGUUGCUUCAAAUGGAGCAUGACGGCGCGACGUCCAUUCUAGACGAACAUCCCUACGUGGCAUUGGGUUCGGCUGGAAGUGAACCUCGCCGUCGUAGCUAUGCUGCAGCAUCCCGUCGUCGGUCGUUGAUAGAGACGCCGUUUUUCGAAGUGGACGAAGCCGCCGAGCUUAUUCUCAAGGCGAACGCGCCGCCUAAGACUGUCGACGGCACCAUCCGCGAGAUGAUGCUCAACAUCCGCGGGUCCAAGUACCGGCACGAUCAAUUUGCCAAGAUCCAAGGCCAGACUGGUAUGAGUCCGUCCACACUGCGCUUCUCCCGCGACUACGAACUCGGGUAUCGCAUGUACAUUCAACGAGCCGCUGUGCCUCGCACACGCGUGUGCUUUGCGCUCGGGUUCAUCGCGACGCUCUUGUACUUUCUCUGGGAUGUCCAGCGCAUCUCGUACACAUCCGUAACGUACUUUCUUGCGUUUGGGGUGGCCGUGCCUUCGUUUGGCGUGGGCUUCUUGCUCACGUAUGUGCGGCAGCUGUCCAUGUACACGGAGACAUUGUCCUUUGUGGUGUUUUCCAGUGUGGCGGGGGUGCUGAUUGCCCUGAAACCCCUCCACGCCCAGCGCGGUCCCGUGAUUCCUCUUCUCAUAUUGAUCAUUCCACUCUUUGGCGUCACUCGCAUGAGAUUUCUCUACAGCACCAUGUUGGGAUGGAGCAUCUUCUUCACGUACAUGACGGUGCAACUGGUGGCGAGGCCUUUUCUCGGUCCAGCGUACGACACUCGGUCCGACGUGUUUUACCAGAGCAUCAACUACGGCAUUGCGCUCAUAUCGGGGAUGGUGUCACAUUACCGCCAGGAGCUCCUCCGGCGACGGAACUAUGCGCUCAAGCUGCCGUUUCACGGCGUGACCGACGCCGACUGCUCCGCGGCGCUGCAAAAGGACAAGUUCGCCAAGAAGCACCUCGUGCACCGGUGGUCCAUGGAGUUCCGGCACGCCCAAGUUGAGGACUGCUUCAUCCGGCACUGGUACCUCAUCGACCCGUUUCCGUUUGAAAACCCCAACGCCGCCGUGCUCCAUCAAGGAUCCUUCCGCGUCAUCCGGUUCACGGUCAUGACCGUGCUCCUCAAUCAACUCUUCCUCGCGGUCCAGGACUAUCGGUUGCUGCACAGGUUCCCCAACCAUCUCGCUGAAAUCGGGUACGGACUGCGCUUUGGUGUCGUGGACGUCGCGUACGUCAGUGCCGCGGCGUUUAUGUACGUUGUGGGUCGCCGCUACUACAAGCUGUGGCUGGCGUCUGCGCGAGAAGGCGACGCCGCACUUGUGCAUGAGAACGAAAGCACCAACGACAACAGCGACGAUGGGUCGUCCUCAAAAUCCAGCAAACACACCACGAGAAGGAGUGGCGACGUCAGCGUCAGCACCUCACGGCCUUCGUCGUCAUCGUGGUGUCCUGACUGGACGACGAGCAGUAGCAGAAACCCGUACAGUCUUGUGGGGGAAGGCGACGAUGACGACGAAGACGUCGAAGGGUCGACGUGGAGGACGUCGCCGCGGCGGUGGCGGGUCAUGGCGAUGUUGUUCCGCUCCGAUGCGACCACGACCGAGACUAACCGAUCGCAAACGAGCGACGUGCUGAGCGCCCAGCUGUACGCCGUGGUGGUGGUGGCUUUGCACGCAACGUGCAUGGCUGCGAUGCUGUUUGUGGUCGGCACGUCGCCGGCGUCCCUGGCGCUGUCGGACAUUUACCUCAUGGGGUUCCUAAACGCCACCGUGUUUGCCCAUCGGUCGGGGUUUCGCGUGCGACACAAAUAUGCUGUGGCCAUCACGUCGUUGAUUGGCAUCGCGACCAUCUGCACCGCGGCAACGGUACGUUGUCACAUUUUUUAUGCUGUGCAAAGUGCAGUUGGUUGUACGACCGUGGUCACACAUAAAGGCAAAGUCAAGUUGACAGAGAUGGAUUUCAGUGUUAGCAAUGAUAUAUGAUAUGUACAUAGCUGCUUCGACCAGCCGCCGACCCGUACUUGUGGCUCCGGUAUGCCACGUACAUAGCCGUGGUGCUGGUCCUGGGGGGGAUGAUUUCUAGGGAAGAGGAGGGCCUGCGACGGACGUUUUUUAUCGUCAAGUCCAUUCGAUCCCUCGAGUUUGAAGAGUGGUUUCACCGCGUGUCGAGGGUGCAAGGUCGAAGGAUCGUACAUACAGUAUUAUGCUCAUAAUAAAUGUGUGACGCCGUUUGUAGACUGGAUCCGCAUGCGCCUCCAUCAAAAGUGUGUGGCCAUCCACGACAAGCCCCCCCCCCCCAUCGCAAAGGAGGAGGAGGCGACCAAGAAGAAGACGAAGAAGAAGGGGAAGGACCAAAAAGUGCUUGUCAACACGGGGGCGUACUUGGCCCAAGCGUCCAAGAUGGGUGUGUUCGGCGAGUUGGUUCACGUUCUGCUGGUGGUCAUCGACGUGUUAAUGAAAAUCGAGUAAAGGCAUCGAGUAGU